UAUACACAAACAUACACACACACUCUCUCCCUCUGUCUCCCUCUCGGUUUCUCUCUCUCUCUCCUCUCUCUCUACACACACACAUUCUUUCUGUAACUCGCUCUCCCUAUUGCACUUUUACACACACUUACACACAGUCACUCACUCAAGUCAUUCUCAGCCAGACAAGCACUGUAUUCCAGUCCAGCUGGAGAGAGGAGCAUCGCAAGGUGCACACAUCGCAGGACAGGACACUGAUUGACUCUGCAGCUGGAAAGAAGGACACAAGCCAAAAGGAACAGAACAAGGAAAACAACAGAAAAUAACAGAUUACUUUUGGCAAUGGAAUUACAAAAUAAAUAAUUUAAAGGGACAGAGUGAGUAAAUAGAGGCUGAGAGAGAAAUAGUAGUUUAUCAUCAGACAGACAAGUAAAGAGACAAAGUUAUCUGUGACAGAGGGCUGGUUAGAAGCCCAGGUUCCUCUUUGCUCUGCUGACUGGUCCUCAGUGACAGGGUCUGCUGCUUGCUUGAUCACCACCCCUUUCCACCUUCAGAGAGAGAGAGAGACCACUCGACUGGACCACACAGCCUGGGUCUCCAGCCAGCCAGCAUGCCUACUGCUUGUGCAAGGUGCACCUUGGGAGUCUGAUCCACCAUGUACAGAUGGAUGCCACCCGUCGCCGGACUCGGUCCUGACCUCGCUGCCAUUGGCACUGCCCACGCCGGGCUUCCGCCCCUGCCCAGCGCUGCCUCCCUCAGCCUGCUGUGCCUCACCCUGCUCCUGGUGGCUGGCACAGCUCUGGGGGGCUGCCCACCUGGGGUAGGGCAUGAGCCCCUCCAAGUACUGGCGAGGGGCAUUAACUGCUCAUGGACACUGGAGCGGCACACACGCAGUUACAAUCACCUAGAGGGCGACGUCCGACUACGGCGGCUCUACUCCGCCAACAAGUUAUUUCUCUGUAUCGACAAAACGGGCAAGGUGGAUGGCACCAGACGGAAAAACUACGCUGAAAGUCUAAUGGAAAUCCGAUCUGUCAGUGUGGGAGUCGUCGCCAUCAAAUCGGUCAGCACCGGGCUGUACUUAGCAAUGUCCAAAAAAGGCACACUGUUUGGAUCGGUGAAGUACAACCCUAACUGUAAGUUCAAGGAGCGCAUCGAGGAGAACGGCUACAACACGUAUGCCUCCCUGCGCUGGAAACACGGCGGCAGGCAGAUGUUCGUAUCUCUGAACGGCAGGGGGAAGCCCCGGCGAGGUCACAAAGCCCGGAGGAGACACCCCUCCACCCACUUCCUCCCCAUGCUGCCCUCAUAGAGGAACAACUGGACUCAUGCUCUGCUCUGCAGCCGGUCCCUCCUACUAGUGUUGUGGUUACCAAGAUAAUUAGGAAUAAUAUGAUUAUUUGAUUAUCAUUAUUAUAUCCAUCCCUUCUCCCAUAUAUGUACAUUUGUUGGGGUCUUAUAAACUAUUUUGUUUGUCGAGAUCGAAGUGGGGGGCAUAAUACAGUAAGUUUAAGUAAGUUAUUCAUCACCCCCCCCCCCCACGAGCGUAAGGUCCAGAAGUAAAGCUGCUAAUAUUGUGUAAAUACAGUAUGUCUACUAUUAUUAUGAUUGAUUAUCAAGCCGAGAGGAUAAUAAUGAUGACACUCUUCUGUGUCAAGGAGUAAUUUUGACUCCACCGUCCGCUGAGAAAGUGUGUAAUUGAAACAUAUCCUCCCUCUAAAGGGGUACGAGUAUUGUCUAUAUAUUGCCCCCAUCCCUUAUUUUCUGCGACUCUACAGGAGACAAUGCUUUCCCUUGAGUGACCUUACAAUAUGCUGUUAAACCAAUGGACUGCCGAUGUAAAAGAGCUGACAAACAGUGAACAGGGCUUUGAUUUAGGUUGUCAAAAAUAUCCAUCUGAUCGAGAGAGAUGAUUCUCUAAAGAUACUGAAAGGCCUUUACAAUCAACGCUGCAAGGACUCUGCAUUUGAGUGGACUUCAGACAGAGGGGACAGAAUUCCAUGUUUACGGAAACGUUUGGACUGAUGUACAUUGAUAACCAUGGAUAUCUGCUGUAAGACAUCGGGUAGUCGUAUGUACGGGAUACAUGGUAUACAUCGUCCAAUGGAAUGCUUACUUGCAGGUUCCUUCUCGACAAUGCAUCAACAAUAAGACAUAGUAAAAAAACAAGAAUAGGAACGUAAAGUAAAUGGCUCAGUAGAAUAGAAUAAACAUAGACUAGAAGGCUAUCGGGUCUUCUGGGUUUCUGAAAUGAACUUGUGAGCUCUGCAGAAGUCUGCUUUAGCCUCCUUCUUUCAUCCUAGACCACUAGCUCAGGGGUCAAAGUGGGAGUCACGACGUUGUCUCUGAUAUGUUAGUUCCAGAAUUCAGUAGUUAAAUGCAUACGGUACUCCCUUUGAAACACGUAGUGCAUUUGAGGUUGUAUCACAGGAGGUUGGUGGCACCUUAAUUGGGGAGGAUGGGCACGUGGUAAUGACUGGAGUGGAAUAGGUGGGUUCCAUGUGUUUGAUACCAUUCCAUUUCUCCGCUCCAGACAUUUUUAUGAGCCGUCCUCCCCUCAGCAACCUCCACUGGGUUGUAUGUACACUUUUUGACAGUGAUAGGACUUAACCCAUUAAUUUUGUAUGUAUGAUAGCUGGUUAUUGCAUUAUCUUGUCAUGUCUUGCUAACAUUUUCAAAAACCUGUUGCAAAUAGAACUUUUAAUAUAUUUCAACCUUUUUGUACCGUAUAACAUUUGAAGUUGAUGUUAUUGUCUCCAUUUUGUGUCUAGUCUGAAAUCCUAAUUGUAGUCUAUACUGUAUGUUACUGCAAUAUGGCACCUCCUCCCAACAUCUGAAUGGUCAGCAAUGAGGAUCUACAAGAACACAUGUUUCAACUAUUAGUCAGUUAUUAGGUAGUCUGUUAAUUGAAUACUGUCAUCAAAACAACAUUAGUGAGUUUCUUGGUUCGUGUUCAGCUUGAACGUCAAUAAAAUACACAUAAAUUA